UUGUAUAAAUAUGAAGAUCGACAGCUCAACAACAGCUUAAUCUUCUGUUCUGUCACUUUUCUCACUUCUGAGCGAAAUCUGAAUUCAAGAUGAAAGCAUCAUUUUUGACCAUCCUCGUUACUGCUGCUACUCUAGUUUCCGCAAUUGAGCAAAACGCAACCAAUGUGUCUCCCACUGCUGCAACCUCGCUCAAUACCGUUUCGUCUGUCAACACUACCUCCAACGCCGAAAAUACCACUAGUCCUCUUGUUAUUAUACAGCCUUUACAACAAACUAUCUGGAAAAUUGGUAACACCGAAACUAUCACUUGGAAGGAUGUCCAAAAGAACAUUGAUAAGGUCAUGGUCAAUCUGAUGAGGGGCAAUCCUGCCGCUCUCACCUUGGUUCAAGCUUUAGCUACUGAAGUUCAAACCGCUCCUGGUAGUACUCAAGUUAAAGUUCCUGAAAAUGUUACUGCAGGCAACGACUAUUCUCUUGCUAUAGGUAAUGACCUCAAGCAAAUGGCUUACAUUGGUAAUUUGAUAAUCGAAGGUGACAAUGGUAAGAACGCUACAUCUGCUGCUGGAGGUGCUUCUUCUGCCACUGAAACCGCUGCUGUCGCUUCCUCUACUAUUACAUCUAACGCUGCCUCUAUGGCAACCGAAAGCAGUACUCAAAGUGCCUCGAUUAUCUCCUCCAUUGUUGAUACCACGAAAUCAGCUUCUGCUAUUGAAAGCCCAUUAGAAACCAGCUCUUCCUUUUCUACAAUCUCUUCGCCUACUGACAUGUCGUCUACUACUACCUCUUCCUCUUCGGUCAAAAGUCCUGUAGAAACCCAUUCUUCUACCACUGAAGAAGUUUCUACGACAGCUAAAGUACCUGCCAGUGAGACCUCAUCUGCUAAGUCUGAGACCUCUACUUAUGACCCCUUCGUUAAAUAUGGUACCCUUAAAAAUAAUGAUCCGACCGCUUCUCUGGAAGAAGCAACUCAUACUGUAACUUCAAGCGCCAGCGUUGCCAAAGCCACUAAGUCUUCUAAGCCUGAACAUUCUGUCACUUCUGAAAAAGCAACGAACGCUAUUGAAACAACAACAGCCGAGAAAGAAAACGAAAGUAAUAACGACGACCCGAGGGACGAUGACGAUAAGAAUGAUGAAGAGGAUAAAGAGCAGAAUAAUGAAGGUAAUGAAGACGAAGAUGACGAUAGCCAAGAUGAAGAAGACCACAGUGAUGGAGAUGAUGAUGACGACGACGAUGAUGAAGAUUAUAAUGACGAAGAACAAAAUAGUGACGAUGAUGAAGACAAUGAUAACGAUGAUGAUGAUUACGAUGAUGACAAUGAUUACGAUGAUUACGAUGAUGACGAUGACGAUGAAAACGGUGACAAAAAGAACGACGAAGUGGAUGGCCAAGGUGACAAAAACGGUAAUAGGAAGUUAUUUGUUCCUGUAAUUAAGCGUGCUGCUCAACCUAAUGUUGUAUCAAUGGCUACUGCUGCUGCCUCUAAUGCUGUAAACGCUGCGACCUCUGCUGUUGGUCAUGCUACUUCUGCUGUUGGUGCUAUUCCUUCCCAUGCUGCAUCUUCUGGUAAUAAGGCUACUUCUGCUGUAGCUUCAGCUGCUUCUAAAGCUACAAAUGAAGCUGCUAAUGCAAUCAAUUCCGCUUUAGGUAUCAAACCAACAGAAUCCUCUGCUGAAGUCAGUGGCGCUGGUCGCAACUGGGUUAAUGUCUUUGGUAUUGGUGUACCUGCCCUAGUGGCUGCUCUUACCGGUUUUUAAUAACCAUAAUCAUUCACAUCUCCCUUUCAUCUACUAUAAUUGCUUGUAUUUAACAAUCACAUUUAUCUUGUAAUA